AACCUGCCACUUGCUCGGCAAUUGUUUUAAAUUCUGCAGCAGCAUUCCAGCAGAUUCCGCACAGGAUUUUGUUUGAGGAGUUCCUGACUGAAAGACUGAUUGGGCCUUUUCACUGCAGAACUGGAUACGGUAUUGUGAAACACCUCCUCUACAAUAGACCACCUUUUGCUUGUUUUUUUUUUUUAUACUGUCACUUUGGUGCCAGCUAUUUUUUCUCUUCGUUUUCUCUCCUUCCCUUUUCGCUAUUUUUUUUCUUACACUCUUUUGUAAAGCUGUGCUGCAUCACUAAACCACAUUAUGCUGUGCCCUGCACCCUUUGCCUUCCUCCUCCACCUCUGCUAGGCAGUGGGAGUAUGGAUGCUGCUGUUGUGACGACCUCUCCUUCUUUUAGUCCACUGCGGAGCGGCAUGCUGAAUAAUCCUGCUGUCAAUGGGUGAGGACAUUGAUGCACGAAAAAUCACCAGCAGCUUUCUCCGAGACCAUAACUAUGUGACAGAAGCUGAUAUAAUUUCUACUGUCGAAUUCAACCACACUGGAGAAUUGCUGGCUACAGGGGACAAAGGGGGUCGUGUAGUGAUAUUUCAGAGAGAGCAAGAGACAAAAAGCCAGCCUCACCAUCAAGGUGAGUAUAAUGUUUACAGCACUUUCCAGAGUCAUGAACCGGAGUUCGAUUACCUAAAAAGUCUGGAAAUAGAAGAAAAGAUCAACAAGAUUCGGUGGUUGCCUCAACAGAAUGCUGCCCACUUCCUCCUCUCGACCAAUGAUAAAACAAUCAAAUUAUGGAAGGUCAGUGAAAGGGACAAGAGGCCGGAAGGUUAUAACCUCAAAGAUGAAGAAGGUAGAGUGAAGGAUUUAUCAACGGUCACAGUGCUGCAGGUCCCAGUACUGAAACCCAUGGAUCUGAUGGUGGAGGUGACUCCACGGAAGAUUUUUGCUAAUGCCCAUACCUAUCACAUCAACUCCAUUUCGGUCAACAGUGACUGUGAAACAUAUAUGUCAGCCGAUGACCUCAGGAUAAACCUCUGGCACUUAGGAAUAACAAAUAGGAGUUUCAACAUUGUAGAUAUUAAACCAGUAGACAUGGAAGAAUUGACUGAAGUGAUCACAGCUGCAGAGUUCCACCCUCAUCACUGUAACCUCUUGGUUUACAGCAGCAGCAAAGGAACCCUGCGGCUCUGUGACAUGAGAACAGCUGCACUGUGUGAUAAACACGCCAAAUUGUUUGAGGAGCCAGAGGAUCCCAGUAACCGGUUCUUCUUCUCAGAGAUAACCUCUUCCGUGUCUGAUGUGAAGUUCAGUCACAGCGGUCGGUACAUGAUGACACGUGAUUACCUCACUGUCAAAGUCUGGGAUCUCAACAUGGAAACCAAGCCUAUAGAAACAUAUCAGGUUCACGAUUACCUCCGGAGUAAGCUCUGUUCCCUUUAUGAGAAUGACUGCAUCUUUGACAAGUUUGAAUGUGUGUGGAAUGGCUCAGACAGUGUUAUUAUGACUGGUGCCUACAAUAAUUUCUUCAGGAUGUUUGACCGCAACACUAAACGAGAUGUCACCCUGGAAGCUUCCAGGGAGAACAGUAAACCACGGGCUGUGCUUAAGCCACGGAAAGUCUGCACGGGAGGCAAGCGGAGAAAAGAUGAAAUUAGUGUUGACAGUUUAGACUUUAACAAGAAGAUCCUGCACAUGGCCUGGCAUCCAACUGAGAACAUAAUAGCAGUGGCAGCGACAAACAAUCUCUACAUAUUUCAGGAUAAAGUGAACUCGGAGAUGCACUAGGUUUAUAAAUACCUUGGUGUAAUUAUAAACCAGCCUUCUUUUUCCAGACCUCUAUGCCAGUGAUCAUCGCAAGUUUGAAUUCAUCUUAGUGGAAUUGUCAAGUGUGGUUUCUCAUUAGUGUGUAUCACUUGUCAGUAAGAAUUGAUUUUUGUCUGUCACUGGGGUGAACUGAGCACCUAGAGUCAAAUACAGAAGGGCAAGCUUGGUCACCAUCUACACAGUCAAUCGGAUGUCUAUGGUUCAGGCAUCUUAGAAAAUGUACUUGGAAAUAUUUUCAUCCAAGAUCUGAAUUUAUAGACGAGGGGACAUACAGGAUCUGACUACAUUUUAAUUUCUGAUACAGUCUUCAGUCUUUAUGAUGGAUUCACUUGGUCAUGCAUAAGUAAAUAACUUCAGCAGGCACUUGAAACGUGGAAGAGCUGCUGUCUUUGUUGUGCCAGAUUGUCCAUAUAUAAGGAUUGCUAACCAAAUUGAUGCAAUUUCUUUUGAAUGCACCAUUUUAGUUGUUAGACAAUUUGAGACAAAAAAUGCAGGGCGGGUCAGGCAGCAUCUAUAGAGAGAGAAACGUAAUUCACUUUUCAGGUCAAUUGCCCGAUUGAGCAGUUCCCUAUUUCAAUCUCCACACAUGCUGCCUGACCUGUGGAAUAUUUCCCGCAAUUUGUUAUUAUUUAAACUUCUAGCACCUGCAUUCUUUUGGUUUUCUAUGGAUAAGUGGAUUCUGAUAUUACUCUCUUGCCAAUUGGCUUGAAUAGCUAGGUAACAAUCUAUCUUUCCUUUCAAAUUGUUGGAAGCAAAGUGAAUUGAAAUAUUUGCACUCCUAGUUAAAAAGUAUGUACCAAAAAAUUCGCAACUGCUGUUAAAUUUGGCAUAAAUGAAAUUCCGAUUCAAAGGCAUUUAGUUAAAAGCAGACAGUACAAAGAACAUUGUUUUGAAGUUAGCAUCAGUGGAUAUUCUGUGAAUUUUUCAUUGAACAGUUUUACACCUGAUCUGAAUCUUUCUGUCAGGGUCACUGGUCACAAAAUGGGGAAAUCAUCCACAAUGCAGCACUGCCAUUGAAAAGGAAAAAAAUGCAAGGUAAUGCAAUUUUAUUUCGAAGAAUAUCUUCAGAAUCCUGAAGAAAUAGCCAUGCAUUCAUCAUUUAUCAAACAGCUAAAAACAUAGUUUAAAAUCUCUUUACUAAACUGAUCUGUAGGGGAAAAAAUAAUUUCCACAAAUUGAGGCAAAGCUGCAUUUAUAAAAAACUGUUUAAUGAGUUGAAUUAUUUGUGGCCUGUCAUAACAUUUAAGAUGACCUUCAAAAAUGUUCGGCAUUUGUGGAGGUUUCAGAAAUCUACCGCAUCAUUAAUUUGGAAUAUCCCGAAUAUGACCAUUGCUCUCUGUGAUGAAGCUGUGGGGAACAGGAAAGGUAACUUUACUCCUACAUUUUUCGCAGCUGCUUGAAAUAAAAUACCAGACGACGGUGCCUCUUGGGUGCUGACAAUACCUGCAUUUACGUUGUGGUUGGCAUAGCAAUGGGAUAAAAUAAUGGAAGUCAUUACAAUAUGAACACUACUUAAUUCUCAUACCCAUCGUUCUGCACUGAAAACCACAAGACCUACUAUGUUUUUAUAUUUUUCUGAAUUUUCCAAUUACCUAAAAUCAUGUGCUAAAGAGUGUUAUGUUGAAGGGGAUUGAUGAAGGGGAAUGGGAGUUAAUGGGCAUUGCAAAGUGGAAGGCAUAAGUACUUUGUCUUUAUUCUUUAUUAAAGUUACUGAAAUAUCAUUGAGUUUGGAGAUAUUCAUUGAGAAAAUUGGAUGUGAAUCAUAAAGCACAAUACAGUUUUAAUAAAUUGAUUAAUGUCAGAACGCCAUGGAUGUCUGAAAAUUCAGAGUGCUUUGGUUCUUCUCUUUACUCCCGAGUUCACUGAGCAGUCACAUUGCAGGUAACACACUAACACUGACUUCUGCGAGAAAGAACUGAACAAAAGCUAUUGAACAUUUUGACAAAAUUGUACUGUGUUAAAUAGAAAUCUACAGGAGGUUCCUCUGUAGGUGCUUCAACUUUAGCUAUUUUGGGUACAAACUUUGAAAUUUGCUUGGAUAAAUGAUGUCUCUCGAACCUGUUGCUGGUCUAUACCUGGGCAAUGCUUUUUACUUCUAAUAUGAAAUUGGUAAAAAUGAUUGUCAAUGAGAGAGAUGUUAACAGGUUUUCAAAUAAAAUCUAAUGUCAGCCA